AUCACCGACCUUGUCACCAGCUUUCCGGCAGCUGUCGGCUUUUUUUUAGGCCUUUGCCGAUUGGUCGUUUUGGGAAGGUUGCCGCACACUCGGAGAGUCGAGCCUGUGAUGGCGGCUGUAGGCUGGGCUGUGAGCUUUUUGUACGGAGCCGGGCAGCAGCUCUUGUCAUUGCUUCCCAGAGGAAACUUGGGAUUGGUUCGUAAUUACUAUGUGGACUGGCGAAUGCUAAGGGACGUGAAAAGGAGAAAGCUGGCUUUUGAGUAUGCAGAUGAGAGGCGGCGACUCAAUGCAAUACGAAAGAACACCAUUUUACCAAAGGAACUGCAGGAGGUUGCUGACAAGGAGAUUGCUGUUCUGCCAAGAGACAGCUGCCCAGUCCGGAUUCGCAAUCGCUGUGUCCUCACCUCACGGCCACGAGGAGUCAAGAGCAAAUGGCGACUCAGUCGGAUCGUGUUCCGUCAGCUUGCUGACUAUAACCAGAUGUCUGGGAUCCAGCGUGCCAGGUGGUAGCACCAGUGAUUUGGCUUGAGGAGCCUGUUAAUGGUGACUUGGACAAUGAGUAUCUGAUCACUGAAGCCACCCCAAGCUGACUGUUCUUCUGCGGUCAGAGGGUGGGCUGGGAGCUCUAUUACAUUGAAACAACUGUAUUUGAGAAAACUCUGUAGACUGUAGUGUUUGGGACGUAUUAUUAUUAUUAUUAUUAUGAAAGCUUUACAUAAAAACAUGCUCUUGAUGCAAUAUAGACAAUACUGCUCUUUCCCUAUAGAACCUUCAUCCUUGAGGUGACAUGGACAAAGGCAGUGCUCUAUCAUUACUGACUUGUAUGAUGUGACUUAAGACUGAUCCUGAGUAGCUUCAUCCUUUGCUGAAACAUUGGCAUUGAAAACACUUUUGCCAAAUAUGAGCACAGCGUGACUCUUCCUGUGCCAGAUAUCCCAGUGUUUCUUUUACCUGUGCCCAUCUUAUGGACAAUACUUGUUGUGAAUUUCACUUGGGCUUAAUUUGCCCACUUUAGAAGUGUUCCUGUGCUAAACACCUGAAACUGGAGUAUUUCCUUGCCAGAAUCUCAUGCAAGAGAGUUCAAUGCUUAAUUUAAAUGACUAAAAGAUGACUUGCACUCUGCUGUUUGAAGACUAUGAAGGAUAGUUUUCUAUGAAAGUAAUAUCUAUUGAGACUGUACAAGGAAAAACAAGGCCUUAUUAAUUUUAUCUCAAAUGCAAGUGGUGUAGUCUUGGUGUGGUCCAUAUCAUUCUGUAUUUGUCAAAUUGCUGUCAAAAGAAAGUCUCCCAUGAAUGUUGCAGGAGUUGUCUACCUGUCUUUUUUGGCUGCAUGGAAACACUUGCCACAAUGAAACUACACCUAUUUGCUUUUUGAAUUUGUGUGAAAGUUGUUUUAUGUUGUAAUGCUCCAAAGAACAGAAGAGUAGUGACAUGACUUGCUUUAAUACUCUAAUAAAGCUUGGUCCAAGAA